AUGGCCCUCACACAGGGAGGGGUCUGUGUGGCCAGUCUGGGGAAUGGGCAAGGGGGUGACACUGCUACAAAAGAUCUGUCUGUCCUCCUCUUCCAACUCCUGAAAUCCACAGAAGUCGGCCGACAGAGUCUUCUGUUGAAAGAGAUCGGCGAUGGCUGGUUCGGAAAGGUUAUCCUGGGGGAGGUGAAUACGAGCCUCAGCACCACCCAGGUGGUGGUUAAGGAGCUCAAGGCCAGUGCCAGCGUUCAGGACCAGAUGCACUUCCUGGAGGAGUCCCAGCCAUACCGUGCCCUCCAGCACCCAGCGCUCCUACAUUGCCUGGCGCAGUGCACUGAGGUCACCCCCUACCUGCUGGUCAUGGAAUUCUGCCCUCUGGGUGAUGUGAAAGGGUACCUGCGGAGCUGUCGGGCUGCAGACACAAUGACCCCUGAACCCCUGAUCCUGCAGAGGAUGGCAUGUGAGAUCGCCUCAGGACUCUUGCACCUGCACAAACACAACUUCAUACACAGUGACCUGGCCCUGAGAAACUGCCUGCUGACCGCUGAUGUCACAGUGAAGAUCGGAGACUACGGCCUGUCACACAACAAGUACAAAGAGGACUACUUUGAGACAUCAGACCAGAUGUACGUGCCUCUGCGUUGGAUCGCUCCAGAACUCGUAGAUGAAGUCCAUGGCAACCUUCUGGUGGUGGACCAGAGCAAACAGAGCAACGUCUGGUCUCUGGGGGUUACUAUCUGGGAGUUAUUUGAGUUGGGGAACCAGCCGUACAGACACUACUCUGACAGACAGGUGUUAACCUACGCCGUGAGGGAACAGCAGCUCAGACUGCCCAAGCCCCUGCUCAAAAUACCCUUGGCAGAGCGCUGGUAUGAGGUGAUGCAGUUCUGCUGGCUCCAACCAGACCAGAGGCCCAAUACAGAGGAGGUCCACCUGUUACUCAGCUACCUGUGUGCCAAGGGGGCCAGUGAGGCCGAGGAGGACUUUGAGAGACGCUGGAACUCCCUGCGUCCCAACCCCAACGCCGGCCAAAGCAGCAGCAGCCUUCAUCACGGCGCCGGAGCCCUGGCUUCUGACCUCCCCUCCUCCUUCCCUCUGCUGGAGCAGUUUUCUGGAUGUGACGGUUACCACAGCGAAUCAGGAGAUGAUAUACUGACCGUGACAGAGACCAGCCACGGUCUGAACUUCCAGUACAAGUGGGAGCAGACCCAGGCGGGGAUCGGGGCGGAGCAGCCUUACCACCACGCUGCCUCAUCCUCCAGCGGUACCCUGGGGGUCGUCAACCACCACUGUCAGGACCUAUACUACCCAGGUGGAAUGGUGGGGGACAGUGGUGGGGUGGAUAUGGAGGGUCUCACUCUGGGAGUGUCCCCUUCCUACUAUGAGCACAAGACGAUGCAUGUUUCUGGGGUCGGGGUGGUGCCGGUGCUCAGCGCCCGUAGUCCUUCAGUGAGCUCUGAGUACUACAUCCGCAUGGAGGAGCCUGACUACACCAUGUGCUCCUACAGCCCAGACUACCAGGGCAGCCACGGGAGCUUCCUGACCGGCAGUGGCAGUGCAGACUCAGGGGAGUGUAUGAUGGGGAUGGGUCCCCCCCAGGCCCACUCCAAACCUGUAGACUCCUACUGGUCAGCAGACGUCUGUAAAGAUAGGGGUGUUGGAGCGUAUGACUCGGACAUCUCCCUGACAAUGGAGCCCCAUGUCUCUGACUCCAGCCCCCUGAGACCAUGGGAGGCUGGUCACUACGUCUCCUACAAGGACCGGGACGGAGGGUACUACUACGAACACUCACCUCCCAUGGGCAUUGGCCACCACAUGGGUCUGGGGAUGGACCAGCAUUACCUGAUGGGGCGGGAACACUCUCACCCCAAGCCCCAUCUGGAGAGCUGGGGGUCCCGUAGCCUGCGUCAGGCCCUGGGAGAACUGGACAACCCUCUGGGGAUAUCUCCCUCCAUCAGCACCCAUCUCCAGGAUGGUGGUCCUCCUUUUGGGGUAGGCGACCCCUACUUGGAGACACCCCAGGGCACAGGCUCCAUCAUUGGGGGGAGUAGCGUCACUGGCGGCUACUAUGACACGAUGGGUUCUCUGAGGACAACCAUGCCGACCAUGCCAGACCACGCCCACUCAGUCAGCAUCACUAUGGCGUCGGAAGAAGCCCUCUUCAUUUGUCACCGGGACAGCGACCCAGAUGAAGAAGAGGAGGAUAUAUUCUCAGAGAGGCUGAGGAGAAGCAGUAGUAACCUCUCCAACCCCUCCGCUAACGACAACAGUCUAGGCCUGGGUCUAAGCCUUGGCCGUAGUGGACAGGCUGGCUGUAGACAACUACAGGAUCCCUAUGAAGACUUCCACUACUCUAUGCCCACUACCGACAUAGAGGACUCAUGGCCUGAAGAGCACUGCCUGACCUUCCGCUCCUCUGUCUCUGCUGCAGUUAAACCCAUAGACUACCUGGAGGCUACAGCGGCUUUGGCUAAUGACAGCGGCUGUCUAGUCCUGGGGAACCAUCAUGCCCUGGUCACUUCAGGGGACGCCUGUAAUGCCUACAUCUAUUUGUGCCACGAGGGGGAGGGGGAGAGGGAGGUAGAGCCGCAACCCAUCGAGUGCUGCCACUCUCAUUUCGUCGACCCCCUCACAGGCUUAGUGGUGCGGAACUACACACGGGACGACUACAGCGAUAAGAUUGUAGAGAUACCCAACAACGAGGAAGAGAGUGUGAAUCUGUCGCCAGCACCGGGAGGUCCUAAACCAAUCCUAACGCACAACACUAAGACCAGCACAACCCCUCUAAACCACUCUGGGCAAUAUGUUGACAUCACUAUGGACGAUACCCUUUCAAUAGACCAUAAGGAAGAGGUUAGUACGGAAGACAAAGGGGUUCUCACAGACCCUAAACCAGAGGGUGUGACUCCGACUAAGAUUCUGACCCUCUCCUCAGUGAAUGUUCCUGACCUAGUCCCCAUGGUCGAGCAAGAGUCAGAGCUGAGCCAUACGUUAGACAGCGGCUUAGACAGAGAGAACUGCUCCAGCAUUAGUCUAGUGGACAUCUCCGACUGCUACACCGACGACGAUGAAGAUGAUGACAUCACCGACUCGACCUCAGAGAUCUUCGCUGACGAGACGUUGGUUGGGGACCCUAACGCCUCCCCUCCCCUGGCCCGUCCCCUCAAGUCCCUGCAGAAGCAGGUGGGAACCCCCAAUUCCAUGGCCUCCAUGGACCUGAUACCUUCAGCAGUCGGCUCCACCUGCAAAGCUUUCAGCCCCUCCUCCAGCUCCUCCCACCCAUCUAGCUCCUCCCCCAAAGCAAUGGACAGCGGGUACGACACAGAGAACAAUGAGAGCCCAGAGUUCGUCCCCAAGGAGCCCCACAACGAGCCUCGGGGCCAUGAGACAUUCACCCAGCCACUGGGGGAGUCUGUCCUGGACACCAGCCUGGAUGAGGAGGGGGAGGAGGGGGGGGAGGAGGCCGAGGUGGCCCCACUGGAUGAUGAGGAUGAACCGACCCUGGAUGAAGAUGUGCUUCUAGCAGCCUCACAGACCACAGACAAAGAGAAGGAGCUGGCCCCCCUCAGUGACAAGAACCCUUACAGGGACUCUGCCUACUUCUCUGACAAUGAGAACGAACGUCUUUCCAGGGAUGAGGGGGGUGACGAAAAUGUAGAAGUGGAGGAGGGAGAAGUGGAAGAGAGGCUGACAGAGAAGAGGGAACUCAGCCCUCUUCAGAUAGAGGAUGAAGAAGAGGAGGGAGAAGUGGAAGAGAGGCUGACAGAGAAGAGGGAACUCAACCCUCUUCAGAUAGAGGAGGAAGAAGGGGAGGGAGAAGUGGAAGAGAGACUGACAGAGAAGAGGGAACUCAGCCCUCUUCAGAUAGAGGAGGAAGAAGAGGAGGGAGUGGAGACCUCAGCUCUUCUUCUGGAGGAGAGUGAAGACCCAGAGAUGGAAGGAUGCCUGACAGAAGAGUGCACCCAGGAUGAAGGGCUAGAGCUGGGGCUAGAGCUAGAGCUGGCCUCCAUUCUCUCUGGAGAAGUAGAGGCAGGGUCAGAAGGAUGGCCUACCCAGGAGAAACCCUCUUCUCUGGGAGACUGGGCUGCAGAGGUGGUGGGGGCUAUGGAGGAAGCCCUGGGUGAACUCCAGAGGAGCACUGAAACCAACUCUGGUACCAAGGAGGAAGAGGAUGAAGGAGAGCAAAGGGACAUGGAGGACUCAUCUGAAGCCUUAGAAACAGCAGACGUCCUAGAAGAAGCAUUUACCAAAAUGCCAGAGACCCUCGAGAAGGACGAUAAUGACGAAGAGAACAGUCCUCCCGCACGGCGUCGACGCUUCUCCUUCUCUCCUCCCCCUCCCUCCACCCCUCCUCUCUCCUCUCCUCCCCCUCCCUCCACCCCUUCUCCUCCUCUCCCCCCGAUGACUCCCCCUCUGGGCCGGCAGUUGCCCAUGGAUGGGGGGGAGGCAGACGAGGAGGACGGAGAUGGUGACUUCGAUGACAGUGAGUCAGACGAGGAGCUGAGCAGUUACAGUGUUCAGGGGGAGCAGAGUGGAGGGGAGGAGAGCGGGGAGGAGAACCAUGCUGUACCGAUUGUGGUGAGCGACUGCAGCGAUGCUCAUAACCUACGUAGUCUACUGAAGAUGCCCACCCCGCUCACCACCGAGUUGCUCGCCGAUGACCUGCUGGAACGCAAGAAGAAAGUGGUGUCCUUUUUUGAUGACGUCACCGUUUACCUGUUUGACCAGCAGAGUCCCACUAAAGAGCUGGCUGAGCAUGGUUUCUCUCCAGGGACUGAGACCAGCGGACAGGGUUCACUGGUCAAACAACCAACCUCUGAUGACUCCUCAGAUGGAAACAUCUCAGAAGAGAGUGCAGGGUAUGAGUGGGAGGAUGACUUCSCCCUGURGCCCAUUCCCACUUCCUCAUCCAAGAUGGCUGCCUCCUCCUCAGGCUCAUCCCCUUCCGCACCCAGCCUGCCCUCCACCUCCAAGGCCCCGGAGCCCAAACCAGCAGUGCAGUACUCCCGCUUCACAGUCUCCCCUAGCCACGUGUCUCGCUUCUCCAUUACACACGUCUCUGACUCUGACGUGGACUCUGGUCCAGGGAGCAGUGAGGAUGGAGACAGAGUAUUAUAGAACCACAGCCACCCKGAAACUGCAGGAACUGCACCAUAUAAACAUGUCUGAGCCUCUAAACAUGACUUUUGUUUAGUGCUUUUUUGGACAUCAGCUUUCUGAAAAGACAGUGCCUAAUUGUUUAUGGACACUUUAUGAAUGGAGUCUGUAAAAAGGGAUGUGAAAGCAGAGAAUCAACACCUAUGAGAAUAUAUAAAAUACUAUAUGAUGAUAAUAUACACAUACACCGAAGAAUAUAUAUGUUAUCAAAAUAACUUGUAUGAAGGUGAAGACUUAUGUUGCAUUCAACAUAUUUUUGUGAAGAACGAGAAACUUUUGUAACUUGUUUGCCACCACAGACACUCAUUAUCAGCAUGUUAUAGAGAACCACACAACGUUAUGUUACGUGGAAGACAGACGAUCAUUUUUAUUGAUCAGCUGUUUUAACAUGGACAUCAAAACAGAAGACACAAUUUACAGAACAUCCCUCUCAGAGAAGGAGGGAGUGAAAAGCAAUGAAGAAAAGGACACAAUGAAGGUUUUUUUUCAUCAAAUAUUCGGUGUUUGAAAGUGACUGUACCAAGAGCAUAUUUUUGAGACAUUAGUUAACUCGUCAUCAUAAAAUAUAAACGAAAUAUCACAAAUAAUGAUUGAAGGAGAAUUUUGUAAUUCUACUGUUUUCUCAAAGUAGUCGGACCACCACUGUAUACGGGCCAUAUGAUUUCCACCAAUACGGGUGCCAGAGUCAGUAUUCCCCUCCAUCUGUCAGUAUGGGUCACUGUUCCCCUCCAUCUGUCAGUAUGGGUCACUGUUCCCCUCCAUCUGUCAGUAUGGGUCACUAUUCCCCACAUCUUGUCAGAUGGGUCACUAU